GAUGUCUCUCCCGUAUCUCUUAGAUAGAAGACAAACGGGAGCUGAUUUAGGCUUCUCUCUCCUAUACUCAUCUCAAGACAACGAGUCGCUUUUGCGACGUUUGGAGCUAGAUAGUAUCUAUUCUGGCCAUAGCGGUUGCGUGAACACGGUCAGUUGGAAUGAUAAUGGUAGUCUUAUUCUAACCGGGUCGGAUGACUGCCGUUUGAACGUUUACAAAGCCUCGUCGGGAAGGCUACUACAUAGUAUAGUGUCAGGUCACAGAUCAAACAUAUUCUCAGCCAAAUUUAUGCCAAACACUAACGACUCACGGAUUGUGUCAUGUGCUGGUGAUGGUACGUUACACUACACUGAGGUCGAGUUUGAAUCAACAUGGGGAACAAUGCCUUUCAAUUGCCAUGGAGGAACAACAUAUCAAGUUCUCACUACACCCAACGAUUCCUACGAGUUCUUAAGCUGCAGCGAAGACGGCACAGUGAGACGAUUUGACCUUCGCGUCAAGAAACGCUGUUUAUGCGAAGAAUGCCACGAGGACGUUCUUCUCGACCUCCACAUGCCCGUCAUGGCGAUUUCAUCAAACCCGUUUCUUCCCUAUCACUUAGCCGUUGGUCUAAACGACAGUACGGUCAGACUAUUCGAUCGUCGUAUGAUCACAUCAAUCCAUCCACGCCCGUUCAGUAUCUUUUGCCCUCCACAAUUGAAAGACAAGCCAACACGCGUCACAUCCAUACAAUACAGUCACGAUGGCCAAGAAGUAUUAGUGAGUUAUUCAACCGACUAUAUUUAUCUUUUCUCGCCUCUUGACGAGUACAAUCCUUUGCUGUUUGUCGACGAGCAAACGUCUCACAUCCCAACGUUAGAAGAGCAAGAAGAGAUCAUCACUAGUGACAAUGUCGUCAGCCAGGCGUCACUCAGACGGCUGCGUUUACGUGGAGAUUGGUCGGACACUGGGCCAGAUGCUCGGCCUACGAACGACCAACAAGAAUCAUCGAACGAGCAACAGUCGCUUUUAGAGCGCGUUUCUACUGCGUUUACACGGUGGAUUGGCGAGCAGUUGUCACACGAUGAUUCGCAUUCUGAUUCCGAGGAGGAAACGCGGUUGUUGUCUUGUUCGGUUAGUUCGGCAUCAUCGUCUAAUGUGAUGAACGAUGACACAACUGAGGCGGAUACGAAUGGAGAUAUGAUGCAUAGUGCGACGAGUGGGAUGAAUGAUUCAUAUGUUAGCAUGGCUGUUGCCGAGGCAACCAAUUAUGUCGGCGAUCACACGAAGAGAACGGGUAAUGACACCGCAACAGAUGAGCAGACAGAAGUGGUUGCAAUGUGUAAUCAUGUAUCAGGCACUUUGCAAACAGUCAAGAAAAAUACAACUCACAAUACAUCAGAUACACUAGAUACUUUACCAUCUGAUGUAUCACAUAGAGAUGACAUCGACAACAUGCACGACGACGGCGACAACACGGCGAUCGCUGGCAUGUCUGUUGAUACACACGAAAUCAAUGGUGUCCGUGUAUGUAGCCAAGACGGUGACAAGCGACAAGCUCCAACAGAAUUGCUUGAUAACACCGAGAAUGUACAAGAUGGUGACAGUAAUGACAGAGAGUGUGAUCGAAUGGAUGAUGGUGAUUUGGUAUUGAAACAAGAGGCUGCUGCUCGUAGAAUUCAGCAGGCGUUUCGCUUGCAUAUGCAGGAUACGGUUGCUUAUUUGAAUAACGGGGAGGCAGAGUGUGUUAUUCGACCGCGAGUGAGUAUGAUGUAUCGAGGGCAUCGGAAUGCAAGGACAAUGAUCAAGGAGGUGAACUUCUGGGGCCACAAUUAUGUGAUGAGUGGCAGCGACUGUGGUCGAAUAUUUUUCUGGCACAAACAAACUGGACGCUUAGUGAACCUCUUACUAGGAGACCGUCAUGUUGUCAACUGCUUACAGCCUCACCCUUAUCAUCCAGUGUUGGCAUCAAGUGGGAUUGACCAUAAUGUGAAGAUCUGGUCGCCGUUAUUGAAAGAAGCAAGAGACAUGGGAAAUGUGACAAAGGUUGUGGCUCUAAAUGAACAAAUGUUGUCAGAGAACCGUCAGACGUUAACCAUUCCUGCUGGUCUGAUGAUUCGUAUGAUGGCGGCGAUAUCACGUCGCAACAGACAGCAUCAAGACAACGCCCAACAAACAGAACAGAACCAAGACGAAGGCUCAGGAGACGAAACGUAACUCAACCCAAUGCAAACAAGAGUUGCAGAAAUACGACAUAACAACCUGUAUAUAUACACACGGAGAUUGCGAGAGAAUAAUAUACAUAAAGCAAUAAGAGACAGCAGCUAAAACA